AUGAUUAAUGAAAACUUUUCUCAAUCUCUCAAUUUUGAAGUUAUCAAAAUAACAGAAAGUUUGCUCGCUCUUCAUAAUAAUCAAUUUUAUAAAGUGACAUCUCCUGAAAAUCUUAUUAUAGAUUUGCAUUACAGUGCUUAUUCUGCUUCAUAUAUAGAAAUUGAAUAUUCCAACUAUUUAUAUUCUAUAUUUCAAUCCAUACAAACAAUGUUGACCCUCAAUUCUGAAGAUUAUAAAACUCCAAAUAAUAAUCAUUUAUUAAAACAAGAUAAUUAUUCUUUGGCUAUAGAAAAUAUUAAUUGA